AUGUCGGACCAAGACCAACCGAGCAGCAGCCAUGGGAAUGGGAAAGAGGAGAAGGCCGUGCCACACCUCGAGCACCAAAGCCGCCCCGAGGAGGAGGAGAAGGAGAAGGAUGGCGCCCAGGCAGGGGGACAGAUGUCCUCAUCCCACGGCAGACAACCCAACCAACCAGAAAUGGAUCUGAGCUCAGCCGGAGCCCGGACUGGCGACGGACAUGGCAGUGCUCCCACACGAGACUGCACAGACGGUCAAGUGGUGGCACACAUGAUGAUGGCAGUGGUGGUAAUGAUGGUCAUGAUGGACGUGAUGGUGAUGAUAGUGGUGAUGCUCAUGGUUGUGGUGAUGGUCAUGGCCAUGGUGGUGGUGGUAAAGGUGAUUGCAGUGGCCGUGGUGAUGGUAGAGGUGCUGGUGGUGAUGGUCAUGAUGAUGGUAGAGGUGCUGAUGGUGAUGGUCUUGGUGAUGGUAGUGGUGGUGAUGGCUAUGAGGAUGGUGAAGGAUGGUAAUGGUGACAAUCUUACAGAUGGUGAUGAUGAUGGUGGUGGAGUCAGUCUUCUCAGCUUGGAGGACUCCAGUACUUUUGGCUGCAAUACAGAAAUCCUGGUGGAGCAUGUGCAGACACAGUAUGCAUUGGAGGUGGUGGAGAACAGUGAAGAGACCCAGGAAGAGCCUGAGGAAUGGUCUCAGCCCAGUGGGGCUAUUGGAGAGCAGAGUCACUUUUAUGACAAUGAUUCUGUAGAGCAGUGGCUGUCCUUAGAGACAAGUUCUCUCCCAAGACCUCGCUGGCAAGUCCUUUCCAGGCUGCGGGACAGACAGCUGGGGUCAAGUGCCCACUUUGUGCGUGAUGCCUGUGGGGCAAGAGCCUUUGUCCAGCGCUUCUGCCUACAGUAUGGUCUAGCAGGCCAUGCCGCAUGUGUCAAUACUGUGCACUUUAACCAGCGUGGUACCAGGCUGGCCAGUGGAAGUGAUGACCUGCAUGUGAUCGUGUGGGACUGGGUACAUCAGCGUCCAGUACUGAACUUUCACAGUGGCCACCAAAAUAAUGUCCUGCAGGCUCAGUUCCUUCCUAAUUGUGAUGAUUCCAUGCUGGCCACGUCUGGUCUUGAUGGGCGCAUCCAGGUAGCAUACCUCUCUGCUAUGCCAUCCAUUGAGAUCACCAAGUGUUUGGUGAGGCACAGGGGUGCAGCUCACAAUUUGGCUCUGGAGCCUGACUCCCCUUUCAAGUUCCUCUCUUGUGGUGAAGAUGGUGUUGUGUUCAACAUUGACCUCCGGCAAAGUCCACCAGCUUCAAAAGUGGUUGUGACAAAAGAGAAUGAGAAGAAAGUGGGACUAUAUGCAAUCUGUACCAAUCCUGCUAAUAUCUAUCAAUUUGGAGUGGGUGGACAGGAUCAGUUUGUAAGGAUUUAUGACCAGAGGAAAAUUGAUGAGAAAGAGAACAAUGGAGUACUCAAGAAGUUCUGUCCUCAUCACCUGGUUGAAGCCAAUUCUCCCUCAUAUGUCACAGGCCUUACAUACAGUCAUGAUGGCACUGAGCUCCUAGCCAGCUAUAAUGAUGAUGACAUCUUCCUCUUCAUCUCCUCUGAUGAUGAUGGAGCUCAGUACAAGAAGAGAUAUAAGGGACACAGAAAUAGUGCCACCGUGAAAAGUGUCCAUUUCUAUGGCCCCAGAAGUGAAUUUGUGGUGAGUGGUAGUGACUGUGGGCACAUUUUCUUUUGGGAAAAAUCGUCCUGCCAUAUUGUUCAGUUAUUGCAGGCGGAUGAGGGAGGUAUAGUACAUUCUAUUGAAACCCAUCCUAACUUGCCUGUGAUUGCAAGCUGUGAUCUAGAGGAUGAAGUUAAGAUCUGGGUCCCCACAGCUAGAGCUCCCACUGAGCUUCCUGGGAUGAAAGAUGUGGUGAGAGUCAACAUGCACAAAGGAGAUGACUUUAACUUGUACCAUGCCUCCCUCUUUCACGACCACAUGCUGUGGUUCCUUACAAGUCACCUUACAGACAGACACCCCCCACAGAGUGAGAGUACUCCUAGACAUGGUGCCAGCAGUGCAAGUGCAAAUAUAUCUGAAGAUGAGGAAAGCCAAGGUAGAGGGGACCACAUGCCAUCCUGA